CUGAGCACCAUCAUGGAAGAAUCAUCGGGCCUCAUCACUGUCUUCCUUUUGGGAUAUCUACUCAAUGCUCAAUGUGCAGUUUUCCUUGAUCGUGAAAAUGCUACCAAAAUUCUUAUCCGUCCAAAAAGAUAUAAUUCAGGGAAGCUGGAAGAGUUUGUUCAAGGAAAUCUUGAGAGAGAGUGCAUAGAAGAAAGGUGUAGUUUUGAAGAAGCACGAGAAGCUUUUGAAAACACUGAAAAAACUACUGAAUUUUGGAAGCAGUAUGUUGAUGGAGAUCAAUGUGAGUCAAAUCCUUGUUUAAAUGGUGGAAAAUGCAAGGAUGAUAUUAAUUCCUAUGAAUGUUGGUGCCAAGUUGGAUUUGAAGGAAGGAACUGUGAAUUAGAUGCAACAUGUAACAUUAAAAAUGGCAGGUGCAAGCAGUUUUGUCAAAUGGGUGCUGAUAACAAGGUACUUUGUUCCUGUACUGAGGGAUACCAACUUGCAGAAGACCAGAAGUCCUGUGAACCAGCAGUUCCAUUUCCAUGUGGAAGAGUUUCUGUUUCCUCCAGUUCUAAGAAGCUCACCCGUGCAGAGACUGUCUUUUUUGAUAUGGGCUAUGAAAAUUCUACUGAAGCUGAAUUCAUCCUGGAUGACCUCACUAACAGCACCUUUCUGGAUAACGUCACUGAAAAUAGUGAAUCAUUUAAUGACUUCACUCGAAUUGUUGGUGGAGAAAACGCCAAACCAGGUCAAAUCCCUUGGCAGGUCAUCUUAAAUGGUGAAGUUGAGGCAUUCUGUGGAGGUGCCAUCAUUAAUGAAAAAUGGGUUGUAACUGCUGCCCACUGUCUUAAACCUGGUGAUAAAAUUGAGGUUGUUGCAGGUGAAUAUAACAUUGAUGAAAAGGAAGACACAGAGCAAAGGCGAAAUGUGAUUCAAACUAUCCCUCAUCACCACUACAAUGCAUCUAUUAAUAAGUACAGUUUAAUACUAAACAGCUAUGUAACACCUAUCUGUGUUGCCAAUAGGGAAUAUACAAACAUCUUCCUCAAGUUUGGUUCUGGCUAUGUAAGUGGCUGGGGAAAAGUCUUCAACAAAGGGAGACAGGCUUCCAUUCUUCAGUACCUCAGAGUUCCACUGGUUGACCGAGCCACAUGCCUUCGGUCCACAACAUUCACCAUCUAUAACAACAUGUUCUGUGCUGGUUACAGGGAAGGAGGCAAAGAUUCUUGUGAAGGAGAUAGCGGGGGACCCCAUGUUACUGAAGUAGAAGGGACCAGUUUCUUAACUGGCAUUAUUAGCUGGGGUGAAGAGUGUGCAAUAAAAGGCAAAUAUGGAAUAUAUACUAAGGUUUCCCGGUAUGUCAACUGGAUUAAGGAAAAAACAAAGUUAAUUUAA